UGCCGGAAGGGCCGCCCCGGUCAUGCCGAGCCUCGCUGGGUUCCUGUGGGUGCGGGCGGCGCCGGUGCGGAUCGGCGGGGCCAUGCCCGGGAAGGGAAAAGCAGCCGCCAAGGGCCCCGCGGAGCCGGGCGCCGCCGCGGGACCGGUGGCGGCGGCGGGCGGCGGCUCCGUGAGGGUGGCGGUGCGCGCCAAGCCCGGCGCCCGCUGCAGCGCCGUCACAGAUGUGACGGCUGAGGCAGUAGGUGUAGCUAUUGCUGCACCUCCAUCGGAAGGGGAGGCAAAUGCAGAGCUGUGUCGCUACCUCGCUAAGGUGCUUGAAGUGAAGAAGAGUGAUGUUAUUUUAGAGAAGGGGGGUAAAUCACGGGACAAAGUGGUGAAGAUUUCGGUAUCAGCGACACCAGAUGAGGUUUUAGAAAAACUGAAAAAAGAAGCUUCCAGUUGACCUAAAACAAGAGCAGGAAACAGGAAAAAGCAUCUUGGUACAUGGACUGAUAUUCUUUCUUACUUAAUGCAAUGCUGUUGAGAGUGUGGGUAAUGACUACAGGAAGAUACUUCUUUCCCCUCCCCUUGUUAAUAUGGGUGCUGUACAGCUGAAGUUUUUCUAUAGGCUUGGUUAGAAGGCUGAGACUGUGUCUGCUUCUGUCACUACAGACUUCCUUCUGCUCUGGAUGGUUUCAUGUGGGUAAGAUUUAUCCUCUUUCCUGGCCCCUAAACAAAUGGUUCAGGAAAUGUUUUUUGUAGUGGAGCAAAUGUUGGUUAUCAAAGUGAGGGGCUUGGAGUGACAGCCUUCCAUGUGGGAAGUGGUACAAAAGGACAAACCUGGAUGGCCGAGACAGAAAAGAGACUGUUCUGUCUGAUAUCUCACAGCAGGCACUGUGUGCAGCUUUUCACUGUGGGCACUUACAGAUAUCUAAAAUAAAUGUCUUUUGAAGCCAGUGUGCUGUUGUUGAUCACACAGACAAACUGCAAGUAGAAUCACCUGAGCAACUGAAAGAAAACCAGAAGUUUUCAGUAUGAAAAACCAGCGCAGGACCUGAUCAUGGCACACGUGGGGUCACUUUGUAAUGGUCUGUAAAUAGUUUUCUUAAAAGUAGAAAUUCGGUCAUAUAUAUAUCUUUGCCAGUUGUAUGUCACCUGUAAUGACUGUUUUUAAUAAAAGGGACAAAAAG